AUGUUGAAGCUUUCUGCUCUUGUUUGCAUCCUCUACCUGGGCACAGCCUUGGGAGAGGAGCUGGGAGAGCUCGAUGCUCCGAUCGACGUUCAAGUGCAAGUGGAGUGCUUCGGAGCGGGUCAGUCAGGGGUACACCAAGUCGCCGUCUAUGUGAACUCUCAUCACCUGACAACCUUCAGAUCCGCAUGCAACAGCACCUCCAUGCUCCUUGACUUGGACCUCUCCCGCCCGCCGACCCCCAACAAGCUUGAGUUGCUCCUCCUCCACGGGACAUCCGGUGUACAACUGGACAGCAUCGCUGUCAGGCUAUGGACGGACGACAAGGAAGUUGAGGAAGACGUUGUCGAAUUUCUGUCGGCAAGAAACCAGCUCGAGAAGGAGAACAGCAGGCUCAAGAACGAUCAGCGGGGAAGAGUCUUCUUCAUGGAACUUUGCGCACAAGGAGCACAAGGAACUAGCUCUCUCAGAGAGGUAGUCGGUGCUGUCUCCAGGACAAACCGUGAAACCAUUGAGAGCUUUGGGUUUGAUCAGGGCGUGUUGUGCCGGGAAGACGUGUUGUUGUCGGAUGUUAUGCUGGAGGUUCAAUCAUUGCUGGAACAGCGCGAGAUUGUUGUCCUCUUCAACUCUGUAUUUCUCCUUGUUCCUGAGUUCUUAUCAGCUCUUAGAGCUUCUCUGCUUCAGGACUUUGUGGGCCAGUCAUGCUUCCUCAACCAAAGCGAGUGUUUGCUGUCUUCAUUCGUGGCUCCAACCUCUGCAAUCGGAGAAUUUUUGAUGUUUAUCAAGACGGAUUCACCAGUGCUGAACAUGUUAGACGACAAACGCUGCAUGUUUGCAUCUUCUCUUUCAGAGAUCAAGGCAUCGACUCACGGUAGCAACAGCUUUGCUUCUCUCUCCCUCGCAGUCUCGUCAGCCAUGGACUCGCUUCCUCCCACGGGCGAGUGCAGCAGCGACAUGCUCGUCGUGUUCGACGGGAUGAGGAGAGGCAACGAGCUGCCGCCCAACAAACCUGCAGCCCUCGAUCUCCCCCAGACCCUUUCGCGACUCUGCUGCGAGCAUCGAGAGGGUUGCCAGGGAGUCGCUGCCUGCAGCGAAUGGAGCGUGGUGGACCAGGGGACGGAAGGAAAACCGGAGAGGACGCUGCUGCCUCCGCCGGAGCUCAACGAUGGAGCAGAGGAGGCUGAAGCAUACAGCAGCGUCUACCUCAGCAUCAUCGUUCCCAUCAGGGACAGAGAGGAGAGCUUGCAGAAGCUCGCAGACAGCCUCGCGCUCCUGCUCCUCCCCCGGGUCCCCUACACCCUCUGGGCCGUGGAGCAGCAGGACAGUCGACCUUUCAACCGAGGGGCGCUGCUCAAUGUUGGCUUCUUGCUCGCAGAGGCCUCGGGGUCGGAGCUCUUCGUCCUGCAAGACGUGGACUACAUCCCCCUCCCCUCGGCCCUCCACCUCUACCUCGAGCCUCCUCUGGGAGGUCCCAGGCACCUUCUCGGACGCGUCGACUCGGCUGGAGGAGCGAUCCUGGUGACCUCCGACCAGUAUCGGCUGGCAAACGGAUAUCCAAACGGGUUCGAGGAGGUCGGGCUGCACAUGGAGAGAUGGCACUGGCCUCAAGGAAGCUUCACCUCCUUCCAACACUUCUUGCAGCUCAAGGACUGCUGGGGAAGUCAUGGGAAUCAGAGCACCUGUCCUCCGACGUCGGCCGAGCAGCUCCGAGCUCGCAUCGACGCGCAGCGACGAAACAAGAUUCGCUUCCUAGCCGCCAGGGCCUCAGCUCAGGUCUACGGCAAAGUUGCCGACUAUGUAGGGCGGGAGGUAGAGGAGGAGGUUCUGCAACAACGGCGGCAGCGCUUCCAUGCCGAUGGCGUCAGCAGCACAAGAUUCGGGCUGGCGGCAGACGGCUUCUCUCGAUGUGGACCAGCCUGUCUGAGGGUGAAGGUGAAACUCCAGGGACCGGAGUGGAGUGAGAUUGUUUAG